AUGGGUGUGUUUACUUAUGAAAUGGAGGUGGUUACGAAAAUUCCACCAGCUAAGAUAUUCAGCGCCCUUGUCCUUGAUGGUGACAAACUCAUCCCCAAGAUCGUGCCACAGGCCAUUAAGACUGUUGAGCUCAUUAAAGGAGAUGGAGGGCCUGGCAGUAUCAAGAAGAUUACUUUUGGCGAGGGAAGCCAAUUUGACUAUGUGAAGCAUAAGGUUGAAGCAUUAGACAAAGAAAAUUUCAUCUACAAUUACAGUGUGAUUGAGGGUGAUGCAUUGAUGAAAUCAUUAGAGAAAAUCACCAAUGAGAUUAAAUUAGCAUCUUCUCCAGACGACGUUGGAUCCAUCUGCAAAAGUAUAAGCAAGUACUAUACCAUUGGUGACUUCUCGAUUACGGAAGAGCAAAUCAAAGCUGGCAAAGAAAAGUCUUCAGGAUUGUUCAAGGCCAUUGAAGCCUACCUUCUGGCAAAUCCUGAUGCCUAUUAA